AUGACUGCUGAACCGAUAGUAUUUCCGUCACUUGCCUGGUUCGAAGAACUGCGACGCCUGGUCAACGAUGACUCCGCAUACCGGCAGUUUGGCACUGUUGACGCGUCCAUGGGCGUCAAGAUUGGCGAUGGAGUGUUUGUGCUUGCCUUCGAGGCAUUCGAAUGCACUUCGGUACGGUCGGGGAGCGAGUACGACCUGAUCAACGUGGACUUCUUCAUCGAGAUGGAGCCCGCCUCCUGGAGGGCCAUGCUGGAGAGCAUCAAGUGCAACGGCGGAGCGGAGGCGGGUCAGACGCUGGUCAGCCUGGACAUGCUGAACGAGAUCUCCAACAACGCCACGGGAGACCAGCUCCGGGCGGACAUGUUCUUCCGCUACAACCAGAGCCUGCAGCACUUUUUUGACCUGUCGGCCAAUCUCAACACGGUGUUCGCUGACUGA